AUGGGCCGGAAGCAUGCACCACAGCCGCUGACGCUGUCUGAAUCUCAAGCCUCCUCCGACCAGCCUGAAGACGUGCCGCGCUCUGCUGAAACCCUCGCCUCUGCCGUUCCUCCAAGCGCUGGCUCUAAAUCGCAAUCCUCUCCCAGAUCUCCGCGCUCUCCCUUUAGGUUCACUCCGAAAAGGCCCAGCGCAAGUGGCAAGCAGUCUCUUCAGUUGACCGACGAGCAUCGAAACUUUCAAGACCAGGACGACGACGAAGACCUCGAACAGUAUCAAGCCAUCUCCUCCGCCCUCCACCGCGCCUCCGAAGACACGCCCCCUCGCCAGCAUCAUCAGCACAACCCCAUCAGCCCUCGUCAACAACAGCACCGCCCCGACGAGCCAUCCCGAAGACCCUCCAAAGCCGCCGGGUUUUUCUUCAAUUUCACAAAGUCUGCCAACAAAUCGUCCCAUUCUCUCGUCUCCCCCGCGCAGUCGCCCUCACACCCUCAGCGCCAGCACCAGCAACACCAACAGAGCCCGAUCCAGUACCCUGACUCGAGAGGCGAAAGUAUGUCGAGGGGCCCCGACAAUGCUCCUCCCAUGAGCAACCAACCCACCCAACCUUUAGCAGAUCCGUCCUAUGCUGAGCACUCCGUCCAAAAGCCCGCACCCACCCUGCCGUCCCGCUCCGACGUAUCUUUAGCCUCUGCUGCCGACUACGAUACUUCUCCCGCCCAACCCUCCUCGUCCAAGAAGUCCAAAUCGAAGCCAUUUGGUCUUCUGAGCCGCAGCAAGUCGCUUCGCGACAAGGACGGCUCAAGCUCUCGAGACAAGCAACCCAGCCCGGUGCCCGUAUCGAUUGUCGAACCCGAACCGUCGCACACCUCGACGAGCCGUAACCACUCGCUCAACAAUACCAGCACUGGACCCGAAAGGUCUGCCAGAGAAAUGGUGAACUCUACCGGGCGGAAUCGCUCGGAAGACCGCGCGUCGCCCCGGGAAAUGAGCCACAAGGACAAUCAUAGGGAAAAGGACCACCACCCUCGGCAAAACUCGUCUUCACAAAAUGGUGGCUUUUUCGGAGGACUGAAGAGUGGCAGAGACAUUAUUAGCAACCGGUUAUUCGGCAAGGGUGGCCGUAGUGGAAGCACGACGGAGAGGGAGCCUGUCAUCGACGAUGAGCACUACACACUCAAGACAAUCAAUCUGCCUCUGGUCGAGCAGACGCGUCGCACACGCAUCUCGAAGCGCUUGGAGGAUUCAAGAGACAAGACGGAGUUUUGGAUGCCCGCUUUCCCGUGGCGCGCGAUCGACUACUUGAACUAUAAGGGCUGCGAUGUGGAAGGCUUGUACCGUGUGCCUGGCAGCGGGCCGCAGAUCAAGAAAUGGCAGAGGAAGUUUGACGAAGAGUACGAUGUAAACCUCUUCGAACAGCCGGACCUCUAUGACAUCAACAUCAUAGGCUCCAUGCUCAAGGCUUGGCUGAGAGAGCUUCCCGAUGAGCUAUUCCCUAAGGCGGCCCAGGAACGAGUUGCGAGAGAAUGCGCCGGCUACGAAACCGUGCCCCCACUAUUGGUCGAAGAGCUGUCGAACCUCUCGCCAUUCAACUACUACCUUCUUUUCGCAAUCACCUGCCACCUCAGUUUGCUCCUGGCGCAUUCCGACAAGAAUAAGAUGGACUUUAGGAAUCUCUGCAUUUGCUUCCAGCCAUGCAUGAAGAUUGACGCAUUCUGUUUCAGAUUCUUGGUCUGCGACUGGCGCGACUGCUGGAAGGGCUGCAAGAACGAGGCAAAGUUCAUUGAGCAGGAAUAUCAACUAUUCGAUCAGCCACCCCCAAAAGGCCUCUCGGAACCGCGCAAGCCGUCUCGUGAGACGAGCGAGGAGCCUGCGGCCCCCGUAGCGCAGGAAGAACCCGCUCCUGUGACGUUGGACGAUCGCGCAGCAUCGUUUUCGGAAAGCAGUAAGCAGUCCAGCGUUGUCACUGAGCAGCAGACCAAGGAGAAAGACAGACGGCUAAAAAAAAAGCCCAUCCAACUUUCUGAGUCAAACGGCAGUGUCGCAUCCAACUCGACGAUGGGUACGACGCUGACGAUUGACAGCGGCCUUUCUUUCUUCCUCGAAUACCCAGGCGGAACUCGUGUGUACAGGGAACACUUUAGCAUCACCAACAACAACAUCACUGACGACAUCACGCCACUGACGACUUCCGUUCUUCCUCCUCCGAGCGACUCUCCCUGCCCCGGUCCUGUGCCAAGCCCAUAUCGGAUGUCACCAAAAGUCAUGGCAUGA